AUGGAUUCUACCAAUAUACGAGAACUUAUACGAGAUGACAUUAACAUAACAGUUCAAAUGCCGUCAAAGCUUGUAUUAGUCAAAUUAAAUCUUAAAGCUAGCUUAUCAAAAAUUCGUGAUAAACUUGAAAAAAACAGUGAAGUCAAAAUGAACGAUACAUUUUCAUUUGCAAAGAUGAUCAACAAUAAUAGUAGUACUAGUGAAAGCUUGUUAGCCGUAAUAGCAAGAGAAGAUGAAGAGAUAAUAAUUUUAGAAAAUAUUAUAGACGUAAAAAAUGAUAAGUUUUUAUAUUUAAAAUCAGAACCUGAAACUAAACCUGAUUGGAGAUUUUUUGAAGAUAAGCUUAAACUAGGAUAUGGGAGUAAUGUAACUUUAAAAAAAGCCAAUAGUAGAGCAUUCACAAUAGUGGAUUGUGAAAUGGAUAAAAUCGUUGAUGGAUAUGAAAAUAGAACGAUUCAAAUUGAUUUGGAAGAAGAUAAGACUAUAAAAAAUGAUUUUCUUUUAAUCGCAGAUAUUGAUAUUCCAAAUUUUGCAAAAUUGGGAGUAUCAAUCAAAAAUUCAAACAUCAAAAAUUCUAAUGUUACAACUAAUUUAACUUAUAAUAUUAUUGAGUACAAUAAAAUGUCUUUAAAAUUUAAAUUAGAACCAACUACUGGGUUUAUUGAAGCAGUAAAGGGUGUUAUAGCGUCCAAGGAUCCUAGAAAAUUUAAAGAUAUCAUAAAUGAUUUUGGUCGAUUUAUUUCAAAAAAAGUUAUUUUGGGUGGAAGAGCUUAUUCUAUUGCAAGAGAAAAUUUUGAAGAAAAUUUCGGUGAAUAUGUUAAAAAUACUGAUUGUCAGGCUUCAAAUAUUAAAAUUGAAAAGAAGUCUUCAAAAUCAUUAAGCAAAAGUAAUUCUUUUAAAUAUCAAAGUUUUAAAUUAUUUGGAGGAAAAGAAGUUUGUUCUAACAACUUUAAUGAAUCAGAUUGGGUAGAAUCUUUAAAUGGUUUUAAAAAUUGGAGUUGUAUAAAAUUUGAAGAUCCGGUUAAUAUUUUUCAACUUUUAUCUGAAGAUUUGCGUAAACAAAUUUUAUUAUUAGUUGGAAAAAAAAUUCUUUAUACAAAUACUGAAGAUUAUACUUAUUAUUUAUUUGUACCUGGAAUGUAUCAUACUUUUAAAUUAAACAUUCCAGAAAAUAUUUUAGAAAUCCUUCAACAUAAAGAUGCUGAAUGUAGUAUCUUUUCAACAGUUAUUGAUGAAAAAGGAAAAGAUACCUUUAAUUGUCAAGUUAUUUGGCCACCAAAUGAAAAUCCAAAACUUAUAAUUCAUUGUAUUCAAAAAAAUUUUAGAAAACGUGAAUGUAAAUUGAAAAUUAUUUGGAUGAUCGUUGGUUACGACAUAAAUUUUGAUUUUAAUCAUUCAGAUUUUAAUGUUAAAUUGAAAGUUUUAAAAAAUAAAUUUAAUGUAUCAAACCAACAAGCUAUAACUAAAGAAUUAGAUUUGGAAUAUGAUUCAUCAAUUCUUUGUUUUGGAAUUCCAGUAUUAAGCAAGUUGGAUUCUUCAAAUAAUUCUUUAGUCAUUGGACAUCAUUUUUCUAAUGAUAGAGAAAAUAGAAAAAUUGGAUCAUAUAUAUUUUCUUAUUGUUUAGAAAAAAAUCACUAUGUUAACUUACCUAAUUUUACAUUUUAUACACUUAUUAUUUCAGACUAUACCAAUUCUAAUAAUUAUGGAAUCUCAACUUUUCAACAUACUAAUAAGAUAAGAAAACUGCUCAACUUUAUUAAAUUUAAUUCUCUAGAAUCAAAACCAAAAUUUUUUAGUUUAUAUUUAACAGAAAACAAAUUUGCUCCAAUUUUCUUAAAACAAAAAACCCACGAAAAUAAAAUUAUAUACAUUAAUGUUAGUCACUGUAAUCAAGAUAAUUGUAUUUGUAAGAACAAAAAAAUCAAGAAAUUAGAAAGUAAUUUGAAAUACGCAUUCUUUGAUCCAAAGGAUUUAAAUUAA